UUUUAUUCUGGCUUGGCUUCCCCAGUGAUUUUACCCAAGCACUGCUACUGUUUAUUCCAUUCCAUCGAUUAAUGUGCCCGUCCUCCUAUAGCCCCUCCCACCAGCCUCUUCUGGUGGAAAUGUCUUAUUAUUUUGUAUAAAGGGAUGUGUGAAAGACCUGACAGACAUUUUCAUAAACCUCAAGACAUGUUUCCAUAAUAGCCUGACCAUGGAUAGGUGGAUGUGGUUAUCCAGGUAUCUGGGGCAUGGAACACAAAUAAGGAAGUAACGCAACAUGUAAAACAGUGAAAGAUGAUUGGUAUCAGUCACCUCAGUAGAUGGAGAGCAUUUCAGCCUCUGCUCUAACAACUCACUCUUGCUUAGAAACCUACAAUGUUGUUUCUUGUGGUGAUGGUGUCAUUUCACCUGAUGAAACAAAGUGACACAUGCUCCUCUUUACCACAACUCAGCCUGGAUGGAGACUACAUUCUGGGAGGACUAUUCCAGCUGCAUGAGAACUAUGGAGUGACUGGUACAGCGACUGACACUGAAAACAGAAAACCUGAUGUGCUUCAAUGUCACAGGUUUAAAUUUUCCUCAGCAAGCUACCAGCAGAUUCAAGUCAUGAGGUUUGCUAUUGAAGAGAUCAACAACUCCACAUUGCUGUUGCCUGGCGUCAGCCUGGGCUAUGAGAUUUUCGACUACUGCUCUGACUUGCUCAGUUAUGGGGCUGCUCUGGACUUUCUGACCCAAAAGGGAAGAAGAGCCAUCCCUGUGUGGAACGGUACAAACUACAGACCUAAAGUCAUCUCAGUCACUGGCCCGUUUGGAAGCAGCCAAACCAUCAGUGUCGCCCCUCUGUACAUGUCUGAGAUGAUUCCAGUGGUGACUCAUGGGGCAUCAAGUGUCCAACUGAGCUACAAAAACAGAUUUCCCUCCUUUUUCCGAACCAUUCCCAGCGACAAAUAUCAGGUGGAGUCUAUAGUCCGUAUACUCCGACAGUUUAACUGGAACUGGGUGGCUUUCAUCGGUGGUGACAAUGACUACAGCAGAGAUGCCUUGACAGUUUUUCAGGAGAAGAUUAGACCAGCUAACAUCUGUUUGGCGUACCAAGACACCAUUCCCCAAAACCAAUCCUUAAUAGGGCAUCUAUUCAACAACAUAGCCAUGUUCAAUGUCCAGGUUAUUGUAGUCUUUGCCAAUGUGGAGUUUGUCAUUCCUUUCAUCCAAAAGGCCAUAGAUCUCAGAGUGAAGGAGAAGGUAUGGAUCGCUAGUGAGACAUGGUCCAUGAGCCAAGAGUUGAUCAAGAAGAGUCAGAUUGAGAGGAUAGGGACGGUCUUAGGUGUCACUGUACAGAGGCACAAGGACCUGAGAGGAUUUGAUGAGUUCAUUAACAACACAGUAAAAUCCAGACAUGAGAAUGCAUGCACUGACAUGGACUUGAAGGAAAGAUGUGGUCAGAUUUGCUCUGACUGCAACUCCACCAGUGCCCAGACAAUUAUUGGAGAGGACCCGACAUACAGCUUUGUCAUCUACUCAGCAGUGUAUGCUGUGGCUCAUGCACUCCACAAUGCUUUGCGGUGUGGGACAUGGAACUGUGCCAACUCAGAAAUCAUUGCUUAUCCUUACAUGGUCACUGAGGCACUAAAACAGGUCAAAUUCAAAUUGGAAAAUCAAAGUAUAGAGUUUGACGAGAACGGGGACCCACCGGCUCAUUACGACAUUGUACACUGGGACUGCAAAAAUAAAACAUGUUCUAAUGUGGAUAUUGGCUCAUACCUUACCAACCCCACACCAAGCUUCCAUAUUAAUGAAACUCUCAUACAUUGGUUUGCAGGCACAAAGGUUAGUACUACAUUCUUCAAAACCAUGCAAGUAUACAUUACACACCAUCAAAACACUGCGUGGUAUUCAAAUUAGUGAUAACUGAUGCUGGUCUUUUCCACAGUGAUAUUUUAAGCUGUUCCUACUUCUUGCAGGCUCCAGUUCUGCAGUGUUCUAGUGAGUGUAAAUCUGGCUCCAGAAAAGUUCAAACUGGCUUCCACACCUGCUGUUUUGAGUGCGAGAUCUGCUCUGAUGGAAAGUACAUCAACCACACAGGUACUGAGCAACAUGACUUUCUGUUUUUGCCUGGAGUUUUUCCUGGACAGGUCAAGAGGUCAGAAAGAACAUCUAUGAAUCAUAUGACAAGAAUGAUUAUCUGUACACAUAUUAGAAUCUGUCACCCAGACUUUCUCUUCCCUUCCUCUCCCAA